GUACCUUCAUCUAUGGAACGGCCGAAGUGCAUAUUAUUAUGAUUCAGUAUAUACGCAAAUACCUCUCAUCAAACCCAGCACCUUCAACUGUAAGGAUAUCUGCCUUUUCUCCCCUAUUAUAACAACAUCAACCACCCCAGAUCACACAUUGAGCUCACAUUGCAAUAGCACCCACGCGCACACUGAGCCCAAAUCAACCCAAAAAUGGCACCCCGAACCAUCUAUCUCAUCUCAAUCAGGUUUUCCAAAAGCCAACCCCAACAAUCCACAAGCGGCAGUUUGAUCAACGUCAUCGGCGCACCGAUGGUUGGAUUCGCCGACGAAUACAAACGCGGCUGUGAGCCAACCAAAAGCAUCGAACCAUAUGAAAUGUGGUCGAUUGGCGGGGUCGAUUCUGUACAUAUUGUUGACUGGCCUGUGGGUGUUGGUGGUGUGGAUACUGACCCUAUGGGGGACUUGGAGAUUGCUGCUUCACAGGUGCCCGCUCCGGGGAUUAGUCAGGAUUUUAUAGCUCCUGUUAAUGAUAUUACGAAUAGAAGGUGUCAGGAAUGGACUAUGGAAUAUGUGCGCCAUCUGGUUGAGAAAGAAUAUGUUGGAGCUGAAGCGAUUCAGAUUGUUCAGCCAAAGCGGGAUCCUCCUACUCAUGGAAUUGGUUUACGACGAGUGGUCCCGCAGUGUGGGAAUUGA